AUGGAUGAUUAUUUACAACAAUAUAAAGAUUUAUUAGAAGAAUUACUUAAAGUUCCAGAAAGAUUCUCAUUAGCUAAAGAUUUUCUAGAAAGAGAUAUUAAAAAUAGAAAAAUUAUUACUGAAAAUAAAUAUUACUAUAAAUUAAAAAUUUGUGAAGAUAAUAAAAAAAAUCGAGAGGAGAUUUUAAAAGAUCUCAAAAAAUAUGAAUUACUUAAUACAAUUAGAAACAAAAAAAAAA